AUGGCGGCAUCAACCUCCUGCCGCAAGAGCGUUGCAGGUCUUCUCGUCAAUCUCUCGCUCAACAAGGCAACAGCAUCCGCAUCUGCAAGCACAUCCUCCUUACGGUCGAGGUGCUUCUCAUCGUCGGCGACAUCCUCUCACUCGUCAUCAUCGUCCUCCACGUCGAGGCAGUCCGUCCAGUCAUUAGCGUCUUCGUCUUGGUCUGCGCCAUCCACCUCGUCGAAAUCCUCUUCGAGACCUGUCAAGACGAUCCCCGCUUCCUCACCACUGCUCGACAAGCCAUUGCCCAUCCAUUUCCCAUCCAGCACACUUCGAGCCUUCCCCUCGCUGCUUCACUUUGCUGACCCCGUGCUCGACCCACACCCUAAAAAUGUGAUUCAAUCCACACCUACAUCCACCAACCCAUACCCUUCCACCAUCACUUUCUUCAACGAGCCCAAGAUGUUCGAGCCCACCCCGCCCUCCGCCGACUCGCUCGUUCUUUCUUCUGGAUCCGAUGCGGAUGAGGUCAACUCGGAACAGUAUCUCUCCACUGUUACUCCCCUCUCGGUCAAGGAAGUGCGCGAUCUUCACCGUCACGCUAUUGUGCUCAAACGUGUCGUCCACAUGACUACCAAGGGUAAAGACGCCAGCAUGUACGCUCUUGUCAUUGCAGGUAACGGCAACGGCCUUGUCGGCUACGGCGAAGGCAAGGACACCAACGCUUCUAAAGCCGGUCGCAAAGCUUUCCACGAAGCUGUUAAGAACUUGGACAGUGUCGGCAUCCACAAGGGCAGUGAUGGUUCGCGCACCAUCGAGACUCAGAUUGAAGCCAAGUGGGGCGCAAGUCGUGUUGUGAUGCGUCCUCGACCCGCUGGUUUCGGUUUGCGUGUUCCCCCUGUUAUCCACGCUAUCUGCCGUUCGGUGGGCAUCACCGAUCUGAGCGCUUCCAUCUAUGGCUCAACCAACCCGGUCAACGUGGUCAAGGCCGCUUUGCAGAUCUUGUGGGGUGGUGCUGCACCUUUGGGUAUGGGCGAUGGUGUUGGUGGUCAGAUGCGUCGAAAGGACAAGGGAAGAGGUAUGCGUGGUCGACUCGAUAUCCAACGUAGCCGCGGUCGUCGAAUUGCCGAGGUCAACAUGGCCAAGUGA